AUGCCUAUCCCUCUGCUGGCGGAGGGCUUUGGAAGGGGUCUUUCCAAUAUCCCUUAUGUCUGGGCGGUCGCUAAGGGUGCAGCGAUAGCAGGUGUUGUCGCGUUGUUGAAACUGUAUUUUGGCGGAGCGAAAUGUCGAUCAGAACGAGUUAUGCAUGGCAAGGUGGUCAUGGUCACGGGAGGAACAUCAGGCAUAGGCGCCGCCGUUGUGCAAGAACUGGCUAAACGAGGAGCCCAGAUCAUUCUCCUGACCCACCAUGCCCCUUCGGAUCCCUUUCUCGUCGACUACAUUGAAGAUAUGCGGACCAUUACCAAUAAUGAAUUGAUAUAUGCCGAACAAGUCGACCUGUCUUCUCUACACUCGAUACGACUCUUUGCCACGAAAUGGGUGGACAACGCACCCCCGAGAAGAUUGGACAUGGUCAUUCUCUGUGCCAACGUGAUGACUCCUUACUUCGGUACACCUCAGGAGACAUUGGAUGGACUGGAAGCCGAGUGGAUGAUUAACUACCUCAGCACAUUCCAUCUCCUAAGUAUCCUCUCGCCAGCUAUUCGCGCACAACCCCCAGAUCGAGACGUGAGGAUUCUGUUCAGUACAUGUAGCAGCUACAUCGGCGGAAAUUUGGACUUCGAAGCCACAAACAAAGCUUCCAAAGCAGGAAGCACUUCGUACAGUCGAAGCAAAUUGGCAGUGAUGACAUUUGCGUAUGCAUUCCAAAAACACCUCGACGCCUACAAAAGACCGGACAAGGAACUCAACAAUGCUCGAUCGUUCAUAAUCGACCCUGGAUAUUGCCGCACGCCCGGCACGCGCCGCUGGUUGUCUGGGGGAUUAAUUUGGGGUUUAUUCCUGUACUUGAUCACUUGGCCAUUAUGGUGGCUCGUUCUCAAGUCACCGAUACAGGGUGCUCAGAGUUACCUCUUGGCCGCCAUGGACGCUGAAUAUGGCCGAGGCGCGGGUGGGAAGUUGAUCAAAGAAUGCAGGCAAUACGAGCCUUUGAGACUGGAAGUCAAAAAAGAAGAAGUCGCAAAGAAGCUGUGGGAGUUCAGUGAGAAGCAGAUCGAGAACCUGGAAAUGAUCGGCGCCAAAAGGAGGGCUGCAGCAAAGAAGGAGACGGCGCAAAACAAGAGUGCCGAUAAAACUGUGCCAAACGGUGCGUCCUCUGGGGGAAAGUCCGAGCCGGUGCCUGGUUCCAGGAGAAGCCGGAAAGCAGCAAAAUAA